AUGGGAUGUGGGAUAUCAUCAUUUAAAAGAGAUUCAAGCAGUAAUAGUAAUGGAACAUCCAACAAUGGUAAAGAUGUAUUAAAAGGAAAGACAAAUAAAGGUAGUUUUAAUAAUAACAAUAGCGGCAACACUAACACUAAUAAUAAUGCUGCAACCACUAAUAAUAAUAAUAAUAAUAAUAAUAAUAAUAAUGAUACUUCCACUAUCAAUAAUUUAAAUACAAGUCAGAGUAAAAUAAAUAAUAGUAGCGGAAGUAGUUCUAAUAAUAAUAAAACUGGUGUAGGGGAGCAGCCACAACAAACACCACAAAAUAUAAAUAGUAGUCAAGAAAGGAAAAACUCUGUAAAUCAACCAAAUAAUAAUAAUAAUAAUAAUAAUAAUAAUAAUAAUAAUAGUAAUAAUAAUAGUAGUAAUAAUAUAGCAAACAAUACGGGAUCAUCUAACCCAACAGUUAGUCAUACAAAAUCAUUAUCCCAAUCUAUGAAUAAUAGCAAUAACAAUAGUAAUAAUAACAAUAAUACACCAGCUUCAAUUAAACCAAAUAGUUCACCUGUUUUAACUACUCAAGUUGAAACACAACAAAAUCCUUUAACUAAUAGUGGUAAUGGCCUUAAUAAAAGUCAAAGCCAACCACACCCAACUUCACAACCAUCCUCAUCUUCAUUAACUAAACAACAACAACCACAACAACAGCAACCACAACAAUGUAUAAAUAGCCCACAACCAACACAAGAAAAUAAUAAUAAUAAUAAUAAUAAUAAUAAUAAUAAUAAUAAUAAUAAUAAUACAUCAAAACUCACAGACAGUGGCAAGAAGCCUGAUUUUAAUAAUAGUAAUAAUAGUAAUAGUAAUAUAAAUGUCAAUAGUGUAAAUCCAUCCCAAAAUAACAAUAAUAAUAAUAAUAAUAAUAAUAAUAACAAUAAUAAUAAUAAUAACAAUGUUGUUCAUAAUAAUAACAACAACAAUAAUAAUAAUAAUAAUAAUAAUAAUAAUAAUAAUAAUAAUAAUAAUAAUAAUAAUAAUAACAAUAAUAAUAAUAGCAAUAAUAUUAGCGCAUCUAUCACUAAUAAUGUUGGUAGUAGCAAUAGUAAUACAUUAAAUAAUUUAAAUAACAGUACUUUAGCUAGUAAUGAUAUAAAUAAUCCAUUCCCUGGAUGUACAGCAAUCUUAAAGAAUGGUGUUUGGUAUACCGAAUCUGAGCUUUUGGAGGAAAACUACGUAUGGACCCCAAAGUAUUGGACCCCCGAUAGAAUUGGUAAAUGGGUUGAUGAUAUUGAAUUCUCUGAAAAUUUAACUAAUCCUUCAAAUUCAAAUUCACCAAACCAACAAGCUCAACAACAAGCUCAACAACAAGCACAACAACAACAACAACAAGCUCAACAAACACAACAACAACAAACACAACAACAAACAACACAACAACAAACACAACAAGCUCAACAACAACAACAAGUCCAACAACAAUCCAGUUCACCUUUUGCCAACAACACGACCAAUUUAUCAACCACACCAAACCCCUCAACAUCCGUAACGAACAAAAACGAUAAUCCUAUUGAAUCAAUUUAG